AUGGCGGACAAAAUUGCUAAUGACAGUUCUGCUGGACAGAAUUCUCAACAAAACAACCCUUUAUCGAAAAAAUUGAACAAAAUUUUGGAGUCUAGAUUAGACAAUGAUAAGGAUAUGCUUGAAGCUCUCAAGGCGUUAUCAGCCUUCUUCAAUGAGAACAGUCUGCGUAGUCGGCGGAAUCUCCGGGGGGACAUAGAGAGGAGGAGUCUUAGUAUCAAUGAAGACUUCGUGGAGGCCUUCAAGGAGGUGAAAGUGCAACUAGAUGGCAUCUAUGAGGAUGUGAAUGCGAUGAAUGACUGCUGUCAGGAUAUGACAAACAGACUAAAGGCUGCCAAAGAACAGACACAUGAUCUGAUCAACCAGACAACAAAGCUACAAGCUGAGAGUCAGACCUUACAAAUGAGGGCCCAAGUUGCCGACGCAUUCCUUGAAAAGUUCCAGUUGACACAAGCGGAGAUUAAACUCCUGAGAGGAACUAGAGACGGAACGCUGCAUCAAGAAUUCUUCGCUGCGCUUGCACGUGUCAAGCAGAUUCACAACGAUUGUAAAGUGUUGUUGCGGACUAAUCAGCAAACAGCUGGGUUAGAAAUAAUGGAAUCCAUGGCUUUGCACCAGGAAUCGGCCUAUGAAAGGCUCUACAGAUGGACUCAGAAUGAGUGCCGUACUUUGAGUGGAGAUUCUCCAGAUGUGAACGCAUUACUGUGCCAAGCCAUGGAGGGUCUCCAGGACCGGCCUGUUUUGUUCAGAUAUUCGCUGGAUGAAUUUGGCACCGCUCGCCGCACAGCCAUAGUUCGAGGCUUCAUUGAUGCAUUGACACGCGGGGGACCUGGCGGCACUCCGAGACCUAUCGAACUUCAUUCCCAUGAUCCUCUGCGAUAUAUCGGCGACAUGUUGGCAUGGUUACAUCAAGCUACGGCAUCGGAGAAAGAGCACCUGCAGACGUUGUUGAAGAGUUGCGGUAAUUCUAAUAAACAUGAUGUGCCUGACCUGAUCCACGAUGUUCUCGGCCACAUCACUGAAGGCGUCUGCCGUCCUUUCAAAGUUCGAGUUGAACAAGUCCUCGUCGCUGAAUCUGAUGCUGUUAUUUUGUACAAGUUGACAAAUCUUUUGAAGUUUUAUGACCAGACAAUAGGUCAAAUCCUUUCAAAGGAAGCCUCCCUUAUAGCAACAAUUCAAGAAAUGGAAACGCUCAGCUUAAAAAUGUUCUUCAAUAGCCUAAACUGUCAUGCGAGUAAAAUUGCUGACAAGAUUGAACUGCCACCAGCUGACCUGAGUUCUCCACCGUCGCUCACACAGACGCUACAACUGAUGCAGGAUGUUUUGGCUUCCCAUGAUGCUUCAGUAGUCCCACUGGACGCCAGACGACAGGACUUUCAACAGAUAGUGUCCUGUAUCAUAGACCCCCUACUCCAGAUGUGUUCUGUCUCGGCCAGUAGACUCAAUACCGUUGACAUGGCCACAUAUAUGAUCAACUGCAUAUACCUGAUGCAGACAACAUUAGCAUUGUAUGAAUUUACAGAUCAGAGGCUGGAAAUGCUUCAGGCACAAACUGAUGCACAUAUUGAUACCCUAGUCAGUGAGCAGGCAUCAUUCGUCCUGACCCGAGCAGGACUUGCUCAGAUCUAUUCAGUCGUCCAGCAACAUCAACCAAAACAAGGCCCGCUGUCGUCUAUCCAAGGCAUGGAUGGAAUCACCAUUAAAUCAGCUAUGAACCGGUUCGACAGCUACCUUGGCAGCCCAGAUAGUCUCGUUAUGCCCCAGUGCGGCCUUCUCCUGAGUACAGCCCUCAGGGAAAAUGUCCGCAAGGCGUCAACAGAUCUGCUGGUGUCUGCGUACAAACAGAUGCACGAGGCGGUGACCGGUGCAGUCAACGAUUAUCGGGAUCCAGAGAGUAUUGUGCAAAGGACACCUGAACAAGUGGCAGAACUUUUGGCAUAGGGAUUACUGUAAACUGUGCCACUGUGCUUUGAAAUAGCCUGGUCGUGGCCAAGUGUGCCUCAGUGCAGAACAUUUUCAUUAGAGGUGGGUUAUGGCAUUAAUACCACAAGCACCAGAAACUGAACACCGAGGCCUUUCACUGAGAGAAGUAAUGUCACUGAUAUCGGCAGUAGUCGUGUAAAGAUAAAUGUCUACUCCUUCACAUUGCUUCCACUUGGUGCAGUUUCUACAACAUAUUUUUAUUUAUUCUGUACAUAAUGAUGUAUAAUUAUAUCAAUCAAAGAAGGCUGAAUUAAAGUUCUUAUUUUUUGCCAAUGACAAAGGGUAUACUGUAUGCUUGAGUGUGAGUGAUGCCGUACGGCCAAGCGGAGCCAAACUCUCACUGGACCCUAGGUGACAUGUCGCUUGUCAUGUGUGAAUAAAUGCGAGGAUGGUUCCAGCUACAUGGGGUAGAGGAUGUCACUUUAUGGACAAUGGAUAGGCCAGAAAUCAACUUUGGCAGUAGGAGGAUGGACCACUGCUGUUAAGUGUGUCGGGAUUUAACCAAAGAUGCUUGUCGGCCCCCAGGACAUGGUUUAUUUAGAAUUGGCACUUCGUUACCGCUUUUGCAGUUCAGUGUGUUGGUCCUCGCUGCAGCUGAUGUAGUGCUUUCGAUUAUGAUGUCAUAAGCGGUCAAUCGUAGCCAACUUAAUCGUCGCUAAAAUGAUUGGUGGUGAAACUGAAGUGGCCAGUGAAAGCUGUUAGUAACUCACAAUGGCUAUAUUGGCUCAAUUUGCAAAACCAAAAUAAAAAAGGAAGUCUUAUGA